AACUUCAUAUGAUCACUGGAGAAUUGACACUUCUCAAAAAGACAUUAGCGCCCAUAAAAGGUCUAGUGACAAUUUUAAGAAAGCAUAGUGAUGAAAAAUCACUUAUCACGCCGUUGGCUAAAGUUUAUUUUUCAGACGUUUCGAUUUUCAACUUAAUUGCGUAUGAGACGAAUGAAAAUAUGAAAUUAUUAGCUUUAUUAUCUCUAAUUUUCUUGCCAAUGACAUUUAUUGCUGGAUACUAUGGAAUGAACUUCGAGGUCUUUCCAGAUCUUUUUAAACCUAUAAG